ACGAGUUAAAGCAGCUUAGGUAUGCGGAAGUUUUCCGAUGCGCUACCAGACGCAGCAUCAUAUGUAUCUAGGUCCUGAAUCUGACUGCAAUUCAGUCCUCUGUAUGGUGUAAUUUUCCUCUUCAAAUACCCAACUGGCGACGCAGCGGCCAAAGCGACCAGAGAUGGCACGCUCGACCACGAUGCGGCCGACAACAUGUUCUUCGCUGCACAAACCAUCCAGAAUGCAUGUGGUACACAAGCGUUACUAUCAGUGCUGCUGAAUAAGGACGAUGAGUUGGACAUAGGACCUCAGCUGAAAGAGUUCAAGGAGUUUACCAAUAUGUUCCCUGCAGAGAUUCGUGGAGAAGCUCUUUCCAACUCCGAGUUGAUUCGCACCGUUCACAAUUCUUUCGCUCGGUCCUCGCCCUUCAUCGAUGAGACCCAACGUACAGCCAACGAAGAUGAUGAUGUUUACCACUUCAUAGCAUAUACUUGCGUCAACAAUACUCUCUAUGAGCUCGAUGGUCUACAACCUGCGCCCAUUUCUCACGGCCCUUGUACCACCACGUCCUUUCCCGAUGCCGUCAUCCCUGUUCUACAGAAACGAAUUGCACGUUAUCCAGCACACGAGAUCCGAUUCAACCUGCUGGCUAUGUGUAGGGAUCUGCGCAUUCGCGCAAGAGAAAUCGGUGAUCAUGAACAACUUCAAAGGGAAGAGCAGAAGCGGACUGAAUGGCUGUGGGAGAACGCACUGCGGAGGCAUAACUUCGUUGGCUUCACGGGUGAACUAUUAAAGGGUGUAGUGAGGCAGAAACUCAAGGAGGGAACUUAUGAUCAGUGGGUGGAAGAGAGCAAGAAGAAGACAAGAACGAGGAUGGAGGAGAGGAAGAAACAAGGGGUGGCUGGGGAUGAGAUGGACGUGUGAUAGAUUGGUUGUUCACAAGAUCUCAAAGCUACGUCGUUGCAUACUCGAAAACUUAGCUUUCCAACUUUCCAACUUUUCUACGCC